AUGGAAGACGACUCGAACGCGUCGCAGCUGAUGGCUGGCAGUAAGAAGCGUCUUAGAAGCCAAGUGGGCAAUUCCGACGACGAUAGCGACAAACAUGACAUCAUCCGAACAGAGCAGCGGCCCAAUUAUACCGCCCAGCUCAAGAUAAGGAAACUCGACCGUGAAGUGCGAGGGCCCAAAGUCAGGUUGGAACACAGAGACUACAAGGUUGGCUGGGUUGCAGCUCUUUACACCGAGCUGGCUGCCGCCCAGGCUAUGCUCGAUAACGUUCACGAGCAAUUGCCUAUGAACCAAAAUGAUACCAACUUGUACAUCUUUGGCGAAAUCGGCGUUCACAACGUUGUUAUCGCAUGUCUACCCUCGGGGCAGUAUGGGACCGCAAAGGCAGCUAUUGUAGCAAACAACAUGCGCUGGAGUUUUCCCUCUAUUACCGUCAGGCUGAUGGUAGGCAUCGGUGGUGGCGCACCGCGUGAACGCGUCGAUCUCCGCCUUGGCGAUGUCGUUGUCAGCACCCCAGAGUCAGGAUCACCCGGAGUCAUACAGUACGACUUCGGCAAGACUGAACAAGAAGGUCUCUUCCACAACACAGGUGUCUUGAACAAGCCUGCUGAGGCACUUCUCACAGCAGUAACUAAGCUAAGAGCUAGUCACGACUUGAAACCCAGUCAGAUGCCAUCGAUCCUCGCGCAGAUGAAGAGAGUUAUUCGUAAGGAUGUAAACAAAUACCUUCAUCAGGGAGUUCAAAACGACCGCCUUUACGAUGCUGAAUUGAUCACCCAAAGGGGAAAUCUAGCUGCGAUCAAUGCGACAGCUCAAAAUUGGUUGAUCGCGUCCGCAGAUCAAGUCAUGAAGCAUGGAAAGACGCGCGAUCGAAUUGCACAAGAACACGACGUUCUUUGCUUUGAGAUGGAGGCAGCUGGUUUGAUGGACAAUUUUCCAUGCUUGGUCAUCAGAGGAAUCUGCGACUAUUCCGACUCGCAUAAACUGAAAGAUUGGCAGCCAUAUGCUGCCGCAACUGCCGCGGCUUAUGCCAAGGAACUCCUGAUGACUAUUCCAUCGCAGGAGGGACAACUCUCUGCACCAGAGACAAUCGAGAUUCGACGAGAUCUGGUAUCACCUGAGAGGCGUAAAAGGAUACUAGCCUCUUUGAAAUUCGAUCAGAUGGAUGAUAGAGUUGCCUCUAUCAAGAAAGCGCAUGGCAAAACCUGUGACUGGAUUACAAGGCAUCCGAAGUUUGUCAAAUGGCUGGACUCCAAAUAUGUCGGCGACCACCAUGGUUUCCUUUGGAUUAGUGGGAAGCCUGGUGCCGGCAAAUCGACAAUCAUGAAGUUCGCCUACGCUCGUGCAAAGAGGCGACCCGGUCCAAAUGCUGCUGUACUCUCGUUCUUCUUCAACGCCAGGGGCGGAGUGCUAGAGAGAACUGCUGAAGGGAUGCACAGGUCUCUCAUUGUACAGCUUCUUGAGAUGGUCCCCAGGCUACAAGGAGUUCUUGAAGACCGUGAAAUCCGAGACCAUCUCGAUGCAAACUCGGAAGCAGAACGUUGGAGUCUUCCCUUACUCAGAGAUGUUUUCGAAAGAGCUAUAUCACAGUUGGGAUCAGACCAGAUCACAUGCUUUAUCGAUGCACUGGAUGAAUGCGCAGAAUACGAAGCUCAACAGAUGCUCAACUUUUUCGAGGACCUCGGCCAAUGCGCUGUUCAAAGUGAUACGAAACUGUUUGUGUGUUUUUCUAGUCGGCAUUACCCUUCAUUAGAUACAAGAUAUAAGGUGAAGUUCGCCUUAGAAGAUCAACGCGGCCACGACGAAGACUUGAAUCUUUACGUUCAGAACACCUUAGACUACAGAACACCUUGGCAAGAAACCGAAAUCACAGCUCAGAUCUUGCAGAAAGCUUCGGGAGUCUUCAUGUGGGUUGUGCUAGUUGUUGAGAUUCUCAACAAAGUCAUCCGGACAGGCCGGAUCCAUGAAAUUGAGGAGAGGUUGGAACAGUUGCCGCCGGAAUUAAGCAAGCUUUUCGCGGAAAUGCUUGGAAAGGAUGACGAUUAUAUGCGAGAUCUACUGCUCUCGAUCCAGUGGCUUCUUUUUGGGACACGUCCGUUGACGGCAGACGAAUACUAUGCAGCCAUAGUAUCCGGCCUGAAACCUGGUUUCUUCCAUGAGACGGAUCCUGAGCGCGUCGUGAAGCAAGACUUCGAAAACUUUGUCGUCAACUCCUCAAAAGGGCUCGCCGAAACCACGAAAACGAAAUCCAAACCUGCUAUUGUUCAAUUCAUCCACGAGUCGGUCAGAGACUUUUUUCUCAAGGAUAAUGGCCUUAAAACAACUUUUCCUGAUCGGGUGAUAACUGAGGGGCAAUGCCAUGAACAACUCAAAGAAUGCUGCCAUGAGUACAUAAAAGCAUGCAGUCUUCCAACCAUAUCGACCAAGCAAUCGGUCCAUCCAAAAACAUACCUGUCUCCGAAGGCCUUGGGAGUCUCAUUGAUAGGAAAAUUUCCUUUUCUGGGGUACGCUACGACGCAAGUUUUAUACCACUCUAAUGCUGCUGCAAAGAUGGCAAUACCACAAGACCAGUUUCUUGAAGAAUUUGCAGCUUCACUUGAGAAUUGGAUCAAGCUGAAUAACCUCUUUGAGCGAUACAAGACCUGCCACUACACUUCGAGGGCUUCCCUGACGUAUAUUCUUGCAAAUAGGGGCUUGGAUUUUCUACUGAAGGCCAAUAUUCGCCGGGACCCUCUCAUCGAGAUAUCUCCAGAAGAGCGAUACGGAAGCCCCGUAGCUGCAGCUAUCGAUAGGAGUCAUUUUAGAGCAGCCGAAAUUUUGCUGCUUCAUCUGGGGAAGACUAUGGCCAACAAACACCUCAGAACCAAGAAGGGAAGCACAUUACUUUACGGAGCUGUCAAGAAAGGAUUGCCCGAGGUUGUAGAGUUGCUGCUUGCGGCAGGGGCAGAUCCUAACGAUUCUGAGGCAAAGGAAGAUCCACUUCAUCACGCCGUUGUUCAAGGGAAUGAGACUAUAGUGAAGCUCCUUCUCUUUCGAACAUUCUGCAUCAGGACGCCUAAGGCAUCUACGGACGAAAGUAAAGAUCAGAAACAGCUCCGUCUGGAGGCGAACUAUGAGCAUCACGACCCGACGCGCCCGAGCCCGCUUCAUAUAGCUGUUGGUUAUGGGCAUACAAGAAUAGCGAAGUUAAUCCUGGAAAAAGGUGCCGAUGCCGACCGCCUUAUUGCUGGAAAACCGCCGCUACAUAUAGCUGUCAGCAAGGGCGACAGAAGUUGUAUGGACGUUCUUCUUGAAAAUGGCGCAAAUCCCGAUCAGUGCGAUUCAUAUGGAAUCAAUGUUCUACGUCAAGCGGUCGCCAAACACGACUUACCUCUCGCCCGUUACAUAAUCGAGAAAGGGGCUGAUGUCAAUCAGCUGAUGGAUGGCGUCCCGGUUUUGCACCGAGCCGUAUUUUCUUCCCGUUAUGGCACGGAAUUAUUUGAAAUCUUGCUCGAAAAUGGUGCCAACAUUGACAUUACGGAUAAUACGGGUGUCACUACGCUCCAUUGUGCCGCCCGCGACGGCGGCCAUGGUAUUUUGGAGUUGAUACUCAGAGCUAGGCCAGAUGUCAAUUGCACGGAUUCCAGUGGUCAAACUCCUGUCAUAUUUGCCUGCAAAAACCAUAGUCUUGAUCCCAUGGCCAUCAUCGCCUUAUUCAGGCAAGGUGCGGACAUCAACCUACCAGACCUGGAAGGGAACACCCCGAUGUUUGUCAGCAUUAAGUUUUGCAGGGCGCCCCAACUCCAAUGUCUAUUUCAACUCGGCUCCGACGUCAACGGCGUCAACAUGGAGGGACAGACUGCCCUGUUCAUGGGAUGCCAAACCGGGAGACUCGAGAUUGUAGAGGUUAUAACCAGAAAUGAUGCUCUACAAUUGGGUUCUGAGAAUGCAGCAGGCGAAACCGCCUUGUUUGGCAUCUUUCCGGGCCACGAGGAAGCCCCGCUGAUAGUAAAGCUGCUGUUGGAGGCAGGCCUUGAUCCGAUGCACAUGAAUGUUGCAAGAGAAACGUUCUUUGAAUCGUUGAAUUGGUUCCCGAACCUUGACAAGAGGCUCCGAAGAUCCAUCUUCACAGCAAUUGCAGAGGGAACAACCAACCAAACUGACGAGCGGGGCUGUACCAUUCUGAUGAAAGUCGCACUUGAUGAUGAUGAAAGUGCUGUUUCAUUCUUGUUGAGGAUCGGGGCUGAUCCCAAUAUCUCGGACAGGGAAGGGUACACGCCGCUCUUUGCAGUUAUAGAGGCACCCCAUUCGGACCAUCACGACCUUGUCGUCGAUGCCCUUUUACGAAACGGCGCCGAGGCACAUAAACCCGGCCCAAACUCCGAGACUCCUUUACAAAUGGCUCAAAGACUCGGAAGAACGAGAAUUGCUUCCAGGUUGUAUUGUUUAGCAUAA